AUGCAACUGUUCGUCAUUUGCCUUCUGGCGGCCACCACAGCCGCCUUUACCCUCUUCGGGCCACACAUUCGCAUCGUUCCGGGCGCGAAGCCGAACGAGAUUUUACUCCACUUCCGUAAUCCCUGCAAUAAUAAGACCAGCACCACGACCCUAAGGCCGCCGCAGCCACCCUGCAAGCAGCAUCCCACCACGCCGGCCUGCGAGCACAGGAUCACCAGUCCAGCGCCCACGAAGACACCUUGCCCGCACGACACGACAACUCCACACCACUGCGGCACCCCACUCCCAACCACCCCGUCCAGUGACUGCGGACACAGCACGACAACUCCGCACGACUGCGGGCCAGGUCCCACGACAAGCAGGGCUACCACCCCCAAGCCAACAUUCGAAACCACAAUAAAGACAACCCAUAAGACCACGACUCCGACACCAACACAGUCAACGACUGCCAAGCCCACAGAUGCAACAACCAAGCCGACGACUCUGAAACCAUCAGAGACAACGACUGCCAAACCCACAGAUGCAACAACCAAGCCGACGACUCUGAAACCAUCAGAGACAACGACUGCCAAACCCACAGAUGCAACAACCAAGCCGACGACUCUGAAACCAUCAGAGACAACGACUGCCAAACCCACAGAUGCAACAACCAAGCCGACGACUCUGAAACCAUCACAGACAACGACUGCCAAACCCACAGAUGCAACAACCAAGCCGACGACUCUGAAACCAUCAGAGACAACGACUGCCAAACCCACAGAUGCAACAACCAAGCCGACGACUCUGAAACCAUCAGAUACAACGACUGCUAAGCCCACAGAUGCAACAACCAAGCCGACGACUCUGAAACCAUCAGAGACAACGACUUCCAAAUCCACAGAUGCAACAACCAAGCCGACGACUCUGAAACCAUCAGAGACAACGACUGCCAAACCCACAGAUGCAACAACCAAGCCGACGACUCUGAAACCAUCAGAGACAACGACUGCCAAACCCACAGAUGCAACAACCAAGCCGACGACUCUGAAACCAUCAGAGACAACGACUGCCAAACCCACAGAUGCAACAACCAAGCCGACGACUCUGAAACCAUCAGAGACAACGACUGCCAACCCCACAGAUGCAACAACCAAGCCGACGACUCUGAAACCAUCAGAGACAACGACUGCCAAACCCACAGAUGCAACAACCAAGCCGACGACUCUGAAACCAUCAGAGACAACGACUGCAAAGCCUACAGAUGCAACAACCAAGCCGACGACUCUGAAACCAUCAGAGACAACGACUGCCAAACCAGCAGAUGCAACAACCAAGCCGACGACUCUUAAACCAUCAGAGACAACGACUGCCAAUCCCACCGAUGCAACAACCAAGCCGACGACUCUGAAACCAUCAGAUACAACGACUGCCAAACCCACAGAUGCAACAACCAAGCCGACGACUCUGAAACCAUCAGAGACAACGACUGCCAAACCCACAGAUGCAACAACCAAGCCGACGACUCUGAAACCAUCAGAGACAACGACUGCCAAACCCACAGAUGCAACAACCAAGCCGACGACUCUGAAACCAUCAGAGACAACGACUGCCAACCCCACAGAUGCAACAACCAAGCCGACGACUCUGAAACCAUCAGAGACAACGACUGCCAAACCCACAGAUGCAACAACCAAGCCGACGACUCUGAAACCAUCAGAGACAACGACUGCAAAGCCUACAGAUGCAACAACCAAGCCGACGACUCUGAAACCAUCAGAGACAACGACUGCCAAACCAGCAGAUGCAACAACCAAGCCGACGACUCUUAAACCAUCAGAGACAACGACUGCCAAUCCCACCGAUGCAACAACCAAGCCGACGACUCUGAAACCAUCAGAUACAACGACUGCCAAACCCACAGAUGCAACAACCAAGCCGACGACUCUGAAACCAUCAGAGACAACGACUGCCAAGCCCACAGAUGCAACAACCAAGCCGACGACUCUUAAACCAUCAGAGACAACGACUUCCAAGCCCACAGAUGCAACAACCAAGCCGACGACUCUUAAACCAUCAGAGACAACGACUUCCAAACCCACAGAUGCAACAACCAAGCCGACGACUCUGAAGCCAUCAGAUACAACGACUGCCAAGCCCACAGAUGCAACAACCAAGCCGACGACUCUGAAACCAUCAGAGACAACGACUGCCAAACCCACAGAUGCAACAACCAAGCCGACGACUCUUAAACCAUCAGAGACAACGACUGCCAAAACCACAGAUGCAACAACCAAGCCGACGACUCUGAAACCAUCAGAGACAACGACUGCCAAGCCCACAGAUGCAACAACCAAGCCGACGACUCUGAAGCCAUCAGAGACAACGACUGCCAAACCCACAGAUGCAACAACCAAGCCGACGACUCUGAAACCAUCAGAGACAACGACUGCCAAACCCACAGAUGCAACAACCAAGCCGACGACUCUGAAACCAUCAGAGACAACGACUGCCAAACCCACAGAUGCAACAACCAAGCCGACGACUCUGAAGCCAUCAGAGACAACGACUGCCAAACCCACAGAUGCAACAACCAAUCCGACGACUCUGAAACCAUCAGAGACAACGACUGCCAAACCCACAGAUGCAACAACCAAGCCGACGACUCUGAAGCCAUCAGAGACAACGACUGCCAAACCCACAGAUGCAACAACCAAUCCGACGACUCUGAAACCAUCAGAGACAUCCACUGCCAAACCCACAGAUGCAACAACCAAGCCGACGACUCUGAAACCAUCAGAGACAACGACUGCCAAAGCCACAGAUGAAACAACCAAGCCGACGACUCUGAAGCCAUCAGAGACAACGACUGCCAAACCCACAGCUGCAACAACCAAGCCGACGACUCUGAAACCAUCAGAGACAACGACUGCCAACCCCACAGAUGCAACAACCAAGCCGACGACUCUGAAACCAUCAGAGACAACGACUGCUAAGCCUACAGAUGCAACAACCAAGCCGACGACUCUGAAAUCAUCAGAGACAACGACUGCCAAACCCACAGAUGCAACAACCAAGCCGACGACUCUGAAACCAUCAGAUACAACGACUGCCAAACCCACAGAUGCAACAACCAAGCCGACGACUCUGAAACCAUCAGAGACAACGACUGCCAAACCCACAGAUGCAACAACCAAGCCGACGACUCUGAAACCAUCAGAGACAACGACUGCCAAACCCACAGAUGCAACAACCAAGCCGACGACUCUGAAACCAUCAGAGACAACGACUGCCAAACCCACAGAUGCAACAACCAAGCCGACGACUCUGAAGCCAUCAGAGACAACGACUGCCAAACCCACAGAUGCAACAACCAAGCCGACGACUCUGAAACCAUCAGAGACAACGACUGCCAAACCCACAGAUGCAACAACCAAGCCGACGACUCUGAAACCAUCAGAGACAACGACUGCCAAUCCCACCGAUGCAACAACCAAGCCGACGACUCUGAAACCAUCAGAUACAACGACUGCCAAACCCACAGAUGCAACAACCAAGCCGACGACUCUGAAACCAUCAGAGACAACGACUGCCAAACCCACAGAUGCAACAACCAAGCCGACGACUCUGAAACCAUCAGAGACAACGACUGCCAAACCCACAGAUGCAACAACCAAGCCGACGACUCUGAAACCAUCAGAGACAACGACUGCUAAGCCUACAGAUGCAACAACCAAGCCGACGACUCUGAAACCAUCAGAUACAACGACUGCUAAGCCCACAGAUGCAACAACCAAGCCGACGACUCUGAAACCAUCAGAGACAACGACUGCCAAACCCACAGAUGCAACAACCAAGCCGACGACUCUGAAACCAUCAGAGACAACAACUGCCAAACCCACAGAUGCAACAACCAAGCCGACGACUCUGAAACCAUCAGAGACAACGACUGCCAAUCCCACCGAUGCAACAACCAAGCCGACGACUCUGAAACCAUCAGAGACAACAACUGCCAAACCCACAGAUGCAACAACCAAGCCGACGACUCUGAAACCAUCAGAGACAACGACUGCCAAGCCCACAGAUGCAACAACCAAGCCGACGACUCUGAAACCAUCAGAGACAACGACUGCCAAUCCCACCGAUGCAACAACCAAGCCGACGACUCUGAAACCAUCAGAGACAACGACUGCUAAGCCUACAGAUGCAACAACCAAGCCGACGACUCUGAAACCAUCAGAGACAACGACUGCCAAAGCCACAGAUGCAACAACCAAGCCGACGACUCUGAAGCCAUCAGAGACAACGACUGCCAAACCCACAGAUGCAACAACCAAGCCGACGACUCUGAAACCAUCAGAGACAACGACUGCCAAACCAACAGAUGCAACAACCAAGCCGACGACUCUGAAACCAUCAGAGACAACGACUGCCAAUCCCACCGAUGCAACAACCAAGCCGACGACUCUGAAACCAUCAGAGACAACGACUGCUAAGCCUACAGAUGCAACAACCAAGCCGACGACUCUGAAACCAUCAGAGACAACGACUGCCAAACCCACAGAUGCAACAACCAAGCCGACGACUCUGAAGCCAUCAGAGACAACGACUGCCAAACCCACAGAUGCAACAACCAAGCCGACGACUCUGAAGCCAUCAGAGACAACGACUGCCAAUCCCACCGAUGCAACAACCAAGCCGACGACUCUGAAACCAUCAGAUACAUCGACUGCCAAACCCACAGAUGCAACAACCAAGCCGACGACUCUGAAACCAUCAGAGACAACGACUGCCAAGCUCACAGAUGCAACAACCAAGCCGACGACUCUGAAGCCAUCAGAGACAACGACUGCCAAACCCACAGAUGCAACAACCAAGCCGACGACUCUGAAACCAUCAGAGACAACGACUGCUAAGCCUACAGAUGCAACAACCAAGCCGACGACUCUGAAACCAUCAGAGACAACGACUGCCAAACCCACAGAUGCAACAACCAAGCCGACGACUCUGAAGCCAUCAGAGACAACGACUGCUAAGACUACAGAUGCAACAACCAAGCCGACGACUCUGAAACCAUCAGAGACAACGACUGCCAAACCCACAGAUGCAACAACCAAGCCGACGACUCUGAAACCAUCAGAGACAACGACUGCCAAUCCCACAGAUGCAACAACCAAGCCGACGACUCUGAAACCAUCAGAGACAACGACUGCCAAACCAACAGAUGCAACAACCAAGCCGACGACUCUGAAACCAUCAGAGACAACGACUGCCAAUCCCACCGAUGCAACAACCAAGCCGACGACUCUGAAACCAUCAGAGACAACGACUGCUAAGCCUACAGAUGCAACAACCAAGCCGACGACUCUGAAACCAUCAGAGACAACGACUGCCAAACCCACAGAUGCAACAACCAAGCCGACGACUCUGAUGCCAUCAGAGACAACGAUUGCCAAACCCACAGAUGCAACAACCAAGCCGACGACUCUGAAGCCAUCAGAGACAACGACUGCCAAUCCCACCGAUGCAACAACCAAGCCGACGACUCUGAAACCAUCAGAUACAUCGACUGCCAAACCCACAGAUGCAACAACCAAGCCGACGACUCUGAAACCAUCAGAGACAACGACUGCCAAACCCACAGAUGCAACAACCAUGCCGACGACUCUGAAACCAUCAGAGACAACGACUGCCAAACCCACAGAUGCAACAACCAAGCCGACGUCUCUGAAACCAUCAGAGACAACGACUGCUAAGCCUACAGAUGCAACAACCAAGCCGACGACUCUGAAACCAUCAGAGACAACGACUGCCAAACCCACAGAUGCAACAACCAAGCCGACGACUCUGAAGCCAUCAGAGACAACGACUGCCAAACCCACAGAUGCAACAACCAAGCCGACGACUCUGAAACCAUCAGAGACAACGACUGCCAAACCCACAGAUGCAACAACCAAGCCGACGACUCUGAAACCAUCAGAGACAACGACUGCCAAUCCCACCGAUGCAACAACCAAGCCGACGACUCUGAAACCAUCAGAUACAACGACUGCCAAACCCACAGAUGCAACAACCAAGCCGACGACUCUGAAACCAUCAGAGACAACGACUGCCAAACCCACAGAUGCAACAACCAAGCCGACGACUCUGAAACCAUCAGAGACAACGACUGCCAAACCCACAGAUGCAACAACCAAGCCGACGACUCUGAAACCAUCAGAGACAACGACUGCUAAGCCUACAGAUGCAACAACCAAGCCGACGACUCUGAAACCAUCAGAGACAACGACUGCCAAACCCACAGAUGCAACAACCAAGCCGACGACUCUGAAGCCAUCAGAGACAACGACUGCCAAACCCACAGAUGCAACAACCAAGCCGACGACUCUGAAACCAUCAGAGACAACGACUGCCAAACCCACAGAUGCAACAACCAAGCCGACGACUCUGAAACCAUCAGAGACAACAACUGCCAAACCCACAGAUGCAACAACCAAGCCGACGACUCUGAAACCAUCAGAGACAACGACUGCUAAGCCUACAGAUGCAACAACCAAGCCGACGACUCUGAAACCAUCAGAGACAACGACUGCUAAGGCUACAGAUGCAACAACCAAGCCGACGACUCUGAAACCAUCAGAGACAACGACUGCCAAACCCACAGAUGCAACAACCAAGCCGACGACUCUGAAACCAUCAGAGACAACGACUGCCAAACCCACAGAUGCAACAACCAAGCCGACGACUCUUAAGCCAUCAGAGACAACGACUACCAAACCCACAGAUGCAACAACCAAGCCGACGACUCUGAAACCAUCAGAGACAACGACUGCCAAACCCACAGAUGCAACAACCAAGCCGACGACUCUGAAACCAUCAGAGACAACGACUGCCAAUCCCACCGAUGCAACAACCAAGCCGACGACUCUGAAACCAUCAGAUACAACGACUGCCAAACCCACAGAUGCAACAACCAAGCCGACGACUCUGAAACCAUCAGAGACAACGACUGCCAAACCCACAGAUGCAACAACCAAGCCGACGACUCUGAAACCAUCAGAGACAACGACUGCCAAACCCACAGAUACAACAACCAAGCCGACGACUCUGAAACCAUCAGAGACAACGACUGCUAAGCCUACAGAUGCAACAACCAAGCCGACGACUCUGAAACCAUCAGAGACAACGACUGCCAAACCCACAGAUGCAACAACCAAGCCGACGACUCUGAAACCAUCAGAGACAACGACUGCUAAGCCUACAGAUGCAACAACCAAGCCGACGACUCUGAAACCAUCAGAGACAACGACUGCUAAGGCUACAGAUGCAACAACCAAGCCGACGACUCUGAAACCAUCAGAGACAACGACUGCCAAACCCACAGAUGCAACAACCAAGCCGACGACUCUGAAACCAUCAGAGACAACGACUGCCAAACCCACAGAUGCAACAACCAAGCCGACGACUGCCAAACCCACAGAUACAACAACCAAGCCGACGACUCUGAAACCAUCAGAGACAACGACUGCUAAGCCUACAGAUGCAACAACCAAGCCGACGACUCUGAAACCAUCAGAGACAACGACUGCCAAACCCACAGAUGCAACAACCAAGCCGACGACUCUGAAACCAUCAGAGACAACGACUGCUAAGCCUACAGAUGCAACAACCAAGCCGACGACUCUGAAACCAUCAGAGACAACGACUGCCAAACCCACAGAUGCAACAACCAAGCCGACGACUCUGAAACCAUCAGAGACAACGACUGCCAAACCCACAGAUGCAACAACCAAGCCGACGACUCUGAAACCAUCAGAGACAACGACUGCCAAACCCACAGAUGCAACAACCAAGCCGACGACUCUGAAACCAUCAGAGACAACGACUGCCAAACCCACCGAUGCAACAACCAAGCCGACGACUCUGAAACCAUCAGAUACAACGACUGCUAAACCCACAGAUGCAACAACAAAGCCGACGACUCUGAAACCAUCAGAGACAACGACUGCUAAGCCUACAGAUGCAACAACCAAGCCGACGACUCUGAAACCAUCAGAUACAACGACUGCCAAACCCACAGAUGCAACAACCAAGCCGACGACUCUGAAACCAUCAGAGACAACGACUGCCAAACCCACAGAUGCAACAACCAAGCCGACGACUCUGAAACCAUCAGAUACAACGACUGCCAAACCCACAGAUGCAACAACCAAGCCGACGACUCUGAAACCAUCAGAGACAACGACUGCCAAUCCCACCGAUGCAACAACCAAGCCGACGACUCUGAAACCAUCAGAUACAACGACUGCCAAACCCACAGAUGCAACAACCAAGCCGACGACUCUGAAACCAUCAGAGACAACGACUGCCAAACCCACAGAUGCAACAACCAAGCCGACGACUCUGAAACCAUCAGAGACAACGACUGCCAAACCCACAGAUACAACAACCAAGCCGACGACUCUGAAACCAUCAGAGACAACGACUGCUAAGCCUACAGAUGCAACAACCAAGCCGACGACUCUGAAACCAUCAGAGACAACGACUGCCAAACCCACAGAUGCAACAACCAAGCCGACGACUCUGAAACCAUCAGAGACAACGACUGCUAAGCCUACAGAUGCAACAACCAAGCCGACGACUCUGAAACCAUCAGAGACAACGACUGCCAAACCCACAGAUGCAACAACCAAGCCGACGACUCUGAAACCAUCAGAGACAACGACUGCCAAACCCACAGAUGCAACAACCAAGCCGACGACUCUGAAACCAUCAGAGACAACGACUGCCAAACCCACAGAUGCAACAACCAAGCCGACGACUCUGAAACCAUCAGAGACAACGACUGCCAAACCCACCGAUGCAACAACCAAGCCGACGACUCUGAAACCAUCAGAUACAACGACUGCUAAACCCACAGAUGCAACAACAAAGCCGACGACUCUGAAACCAUCAGAGACAACGACUGCUAAGCCUACAGAUGCAACAACCAAGCCGACGACUCUGAAACCAUCAGAUACAACGACUGCCAAACCCACAGAUGCAACAACCAAGCCGACGACUCUGAAACCAUCAGAGACAACGACUGCCAAACCCACAGAUGCAACAACCAAGCCGACGACUCUGAAACCAUCAGAUACAACGACUGCCAAACCCACAGAUGCAACAACCAAGCCGACGACUCUGAAACCAUCAGAGCCAACGACUGCCAAACCCACAGAUGCAACAACCAAGCCGACGACUCUUAAACCAUCAGAGACAACGACUGCUAAACCCACAGAUGCAACAACCAAGCCGACGACUCUGAAACCAUCAGAGACAACGACUGCUAAGACUACAGAUGCAACAACCAAGCCGACGACUCUGAAGCCAUCAGAGACAACGACUGCCAAACCCACAGAUGCAACAACCAAGCCGACGACUCUGAAACCAUCAGAGACAACGACUGCCAAACCCACAGAUGCAACAACCAAGCCGACGACUCUGAAACCAUCAGAGACAACGACUGCCAAACCCACAGAUGCAACAACCAAGCCGACGACUCUGAAACCAUCAGAGACAACGACUGCUAAGCCUACAGAUGCAACAACCAAGCCGACGACUCUGAAACCAUCAGAGACAACGACUGCCAAACCCACAGAUGCAACAACCAAGCCGACGACUCUGAAACCAUCAGAGACAACGACUGCCAAACCCACCGAUGCAACAACCAAGCCGACGACUCUGAAACCAUCAGAUACAACGACUGCCAAACCCACAGAUGCAACAACCAAGCCGACGACUCUGAAACCAUCAGAGACAACGACUGCUAAGACUACAGAUGCAACAACCAAGCCGACGACUCUGAAGCCAUCAGAGACAUCGACUGCCAAACCCACAGAUGCAACAACCAAGCCGACGACUCUGAAACCAUUAAAGACAUCGACUGCCAAACCCACAGAUGCAACAACCAAGCCGACGACUCUGAAACCAUCGGAGACAACGACUGUUAAGCCCACAGAUGAAACAACCAAGCCGACGACUCUGAAACCAUCAAAGACAACGACUGCCAAACCCACAGAUGCAACAACUAAGCCGACGACUCUGAAACCAUCAGAGACAACGACUGCUAAGCCCACAGAUGAAACAAGCAAGGCGACGACUCUGAAACCAUCAGAGACAACGACUGCCAAACCCACAGAUGCAACAACCAAGCCGACGACUCUGAAACCAUCAGAUACAACGACUGCCAAACCCACAGAUGCAACAACCAAGCCGACGACUCUGAAACCAUCAGAGACAACGACUGCUAAGACUACAGAUGCAACAACCAAGCCGACGACUCUGAAGCCAUCAGAGACAACGACUGCCAAACCCACAGAUGCAACAACCAAGCCGACGACUCUGAAACCAUCAGAGACAACGACUGAUAAGCCCACAGAUGCAACAACCAAGCCGACGACUCUGAAACCAUUAAAGACAUCGACUGCCAAACCCACAGAUGCAACAACCAAGCCGACGACUCUGAAACCAUCGGAGACAACGACUGUUAAGCCCACAGAUGAAACAACCAAGCCGACGACUCUGAAACCAUCAGAGACAACGACUGCCAAACCCACAGAUGCAACAACCAAGCCGACGACUCUGAAACCAUCAGAUACAACGACUGCCAAACAAACAGAUGCAACAACCAAGCCGACGACUCUGAAACCAUCAGAGCCAACGACUGCCAAACCCACAGAUGCAACAACCAAGCCGACGACUCUUAAACCAUCAGAGACAACGACUGCUAAACCCACAGAUGCAACAACCAAGCCGACGACUCUGAAACCAUCAGAGACAACGACUGCUAAGACUACAGAUGCAACAACCAAGCCGACGACUCUGAAGCCAUCAGAGACAACGACUGCCAAACCCACAGAUGCAACAACCAAGCCGACGACUCUGAAACCAUCAGAGACAACGACUGCCAAACCCACAGAUGCAACAACCAAGCCGACGACUCUGAAACCAUCAGAGACAACGACUGCCAAACCCACAGAUGCAACAACCAAGCCGACGACUCUGAAACCAUCAGAUACAACGACUGCCAAACAAACAGAUGCAACAACCAAGCCGACGACUCUGAAACCAUCAGAGACAACGACUGCUAAGCCCACAGAUGAAACAACCAAGCCGACGACUCUGAAACCAUCAAAGACAACGACUGCCAAACCCACAGAUGCAACAACCAAGCCGACGACUCUGAAACCAUCAGAGACAACGACUGCUAAGCCCACAGAUGAAACAACCAAGCCGACGACUCUGAAACCAUCAAAGACAACGACUGCCAAACCCACAGAUGAAACAACCAAGCCGACGACUCUGAAACCAUCAGAGACAACGACUGCUAAGCCCACAGAUGAAACAACCAAGCCGACGACUCUGAAACCAUCAAAGACAACGACUGCCAAACCCACAGAUGCAAUAACCAAGCCGACGACUCUGAAACCAUCAGAGACAACGACUGCUAAGCCCACAGAUGAAACAACCAAGCCGACGACUCUGAAACCAUCAAAGACAACGACUGCCAAACCCACAGAUGCAACAACCAAGCCGACGACUCUGAAACCAUCAGAGACAACGACUGCUAAGCCCACAGAUGAAACAACCAAGCCGACGACUCUGAAACCAUCAGAGACAACGACUGCUAAGCCCACAGGGGAAACAACCAAGCCGACGACUCUGAAACCAUCAAAGACAACGACUGCCAAACCCACAGAUGCAACAACCAAGCCGACGACUCUGAAACCAUCAGAGACAACGACUGCCAAACCCACAGAUGCAACAACCAAGCCGACGACUCUGAAACCAUCAGAGACAACGACUGCCAAACCCACAGAUGCAACAACCAAGCCGACGACUCUGAAACCAUUAAAGACAUCGACUGCCAAACCCACAGAUGCAACAACCAAGCCGACGACUCUGAAACCAUCGGAGACAACGACUGUUAAGCCCACAGAUGAAACAACCAAGCCGACGACUCUGAAACCAUCAAAGACAACGACUGCCAAACCCACAGAUAGACAAACGACUGCUAAGCCCACAGAUGCAACAACCAAGCCGACGACUCUGAAACCAUCAAAGACAACGACUGCCAAACCCACAGAUGCAACAACCAAGCCGACGACUCUGAAACCAUCAGAGACAACGACUGCUAAGCCCACAGAUGCAACAACCAAGCCGACGACUCUGAAACCAUCAGAGACA